AUGGAAGAAUCACAACAAGAACCACAAGAACGUGGAAAAGGUUCUUAUGUUCAAUGGAGUCUUCAAGAAAAUAAAACUUUGAUAAAUCUACUUUUAGAUUGUGUUGCUGCAGGAUUACGUGAUAGUAAUGGUUUAUUCAGCAAAUUCACAGUGGAGAGAAGAAUCUUACCUACUCUCAAUCAAAUGCAUGGGAGCACCAAAACUUUUCAACACUACUCAAACAGAAUGAAGAUUUUGAAAACAAAGUAUUUAAAUGCUGCUGAACUUCUUCGAUUUAGUUCUGGGUUUGGAUGGGAUUCAACCACAAAACGGUUUACGGCUCCAGAUGAAGUGUGGGCUGAAUAUAUAAAGGCACAUCCAAAUUACAAAAAAUUUCGUGAUGAAACCUUCGAAGAAUUUGAUGAUCUCAAAAUUAUAUUCGAAAGGAAUUUAGCAACUGGCAGAAACGCGAUUGGAUUAGGUGAUACCACUGAUGCUCGAACAACUGGAAUUGCGGAAACAGAAAAGGAACGUCCAAAUUAUGGUGAAGAAUUUCCUUUUAAUGCUCCAGAAAAUUAUGAAUCACAAUCAUCUUUUUUUGGCAGUCCUUCAAAUGAUACUGUGGAAAAACUCCCAGUAAGAAAGAGGCAGAGAACUAAUUUUCUCUACAAAGCUGAUGAUCCAUCCAUUCAAAAAGAAGGUGUAGAAGAAGCUAGCACAGGAAUUAACGCCUUGACAACGAUCACUCAGAAACUCUUCAACUUGAUAGAAGAAAGAGAAUCAAGACAAAAACAAGAAGCUGAACAAAGAGAAGCAGAAAAGAAAAAGAAUAAUCUAUGGGAAGCUAUCAAAGAAGUUUCUGAUUUGGAAGACCAUGUACGUCAUGAUACGGUUAAAAUGAUUCAUCAACUAGGAAUGAAAGAUGUAUUCAUUAGUAUGUCCAUUGAUGAACGCUAUGGUUGGAUUAAACAUAAUGUCAUAGGGUUUUGAAUUCGUUAUUAUUUCAUACGUUGGGUUUUAUUUAUUUUUAUCAUCUGAUGUUGGCUUUAAUUAUCUCUAGGGUUUUUUGCUAUGAUUAUAGUAUGGGCUUUUGCA